AUGGAUUGUGCAGAAGAUAUUAAUAUUGUUGAUGAUGUCGCAUCUGCACUUGAGGCUAUGAAUUACGUAAAUAUUGUUUUUGAUGAUACAAAGUGUGGGCGUAACAUAACUACAACUGUUUUAUCUCUUUUUGAUACCGGCAGCGCAAUUAGCUUAAUACAUAAAUCUUCCGUCUCAGUUGCAAUUCAAGAGGAGACAGAUGAAACCCAAUAUUAUGGCCUUGGAAAAUUUGAAAUUAAAACUUAUGGUAAAAUAAGUUGUAGGAUGAUUUUUAAGAAUAGAUGUGAAAAAGUGUUUUUAUUUGUAGUACCAGAUAAUACUUUACCUGACCCGCUUCUACUGGGGCGAGAUAGUUUGCAAAAAUUUCAAGUUGGAUCCGUUUUGUUCACUGAUGUAAUGGAGAAAAGUAAGUUUGUUUUAUGUAGUGCGACUAGCGACGCACGGGCUAGAAAACAAAAUGAAAUUAAUCCUUUUGAAAAUGAACUUAGGAGUCUGAUGGCGGAUAAUAUUGAUACAGAUUCAAAUAGCAUUGAUAUUAAUCCAAUGUUAGAAAAAUCCAAGGUCGAGGAAAUAAGAGAAGUUGUAUUAAAUUAUUUGAAUUCACAUUAUGAAGGCAGGCAGGAAAAUUAUGAAAUGAACAUAAAACUGACCUCUGACGUGCCUUUCUACUUUGCACCAAGAAAACUAUCCUUUGAGGAGUGUGAAGCAUUGCAAAAAAUAAUAAGUGAUUUGUUGAAGAAAGAAAUAAUUACACCGAGUGAUUCACUAUAUGCGUCUGCAAUUGUUAUGGUACGAAAGAAGAACGAAGAAUUUAGAAAAUGUGUUGAUUAUAGAGUUCUCAACAAGAAUAUAAUUCGUGACAAUUAUCCCUUGACAUUAAUUGAAACAUGUUUGGAAUACCUGAAAACCUAG